AUCCCGCAUGAAGUUUUUUAUGUGUGUGUGAGGACUGCUUUUGUCUGUUUGAUGUAUGUGACUAUAAAAAUAAAUCGAAAAUAAAUAAAUAAACGAAUGAAUGCGGCGCGGCUUUCCGUGUUCAGGACCACCCAGCGUCGGAGCGACUGAGGCCGUUUAGCUACAAAUUGAUGACGCCCCGGGUUCAGAGGUUCAUGCAAGCAAGUGGGAGCUCAGCAAUUCCGUCCGUUAUCUGCACUUAGGCGCCAAGGGACCUGCCCGCCGUCCGUCGGAACUGGGUGUACUGGGACACCGGCCGCUUGCCGUUAGUGGAGUUAGACUUCAUUUGGGGGGCGAACGACUACUGACAUCUAUUUGGCUGGCAACCGCGGGCACCGCGCUACUUUGAUGAGCAAGUUUAUCCUUGGCUUAUGUGACAGCUGUAACAUUGUCACUCUGCGAGGUAUAUAUUUAAACAAUGUUUGAUAAUUCGCAAUAUCCCUACAAUUGUUUCAAUUACGAUGGUGACGGCUACCCUACCUGUAGUACUGAUGAAGAGAAAAAAAUGUGCCGACCAGCCUACAGUUAUAUUGCACUAAUAGCAAUGGCCAUUCAGCAGAGUCCGGAUAACAGAGUCACCCUGUCCGGGAUCUACGAGUUCAUCAUGAAGAGGUUUCCCUACUAUCGCUCCAACCAGAGAGCCUGGCAAAACUCAAUACGACACAACCUCUCUCUCAACAGCUGCUUCAUAAAGGUUCCCAGGACCGAGGGCAAUGAUAAGGGGAAAGGAAAUUACUGGACUUUUGCUACAGGCUGUGAAUCUAUGCUGGACCUUUUUGAGAACGGUAAUUUCCGCCGACGUCGCCGCAGACGCAACAUCAAGGUGGGCUUUCGGGAGCCGGCCGAACCCUUCCUGCCCAUUGACGGCCCACAGGGGGGCGCCCUGAGGCAGCUGGACUCCAGUCCCUUUUGCCCCAUGGACCCCACCCACAGACAACCCCCUCUCAACCCCCCUCCUCUGGGAAAACCCGAAUCCGAAAUCAAGUUCAGCAUCGACUACAUCCUGUCCACUCCAGACCCCCUGCCUGGCUUCCGCCCGCCCCCGUGUGGGGCCACGGGGCCCCCCGUUCACCUUCUGGAGCCCCAGCAUCUCAAUCUUCAAUUUUGGACAAUGUGACCAUCUAACAAUAGACAGUGAAUGGCAGUAAGCAGACUUAUGAGUCUGAAUCUGCCGUCCCCCCCCCCCCCCCCC